UGAGGCAGGUUCCACGGAAAGCCUCCUUGCACAGCAGCAGCAGCAGCGUGCCCAAGGGUGUGUAUUAUCGCUCCAACUCCGCACUGCUAACCAUCUUCCGAGGGUUGGGUGGUGGUGGACUGUGGUGUUUCGGAUCAGCUUAGGCCAACACAGUGUCAGCGGCAAUUGGGGCUCAGCAGCAUGAACGACACCCUCUGACGCAUAGUGAUGGGGAGACCCCAGAAGAAUGCCACUGGCGUAUCAUCCCCUCGGCCGGCCACCACCGCCUCCAAAACUGCUCCUGCUGCACCACCGCCUUCCGCCUCGGGUACCCAGGCCCGGGCUGCAGCUGCGGGCAGCCGAUCCAGGAGCACUCCGGCUGCUAGGGCUGUUGGCCCCAGCCGGGGGCAGGGGGCAAAGCCAGACUCCUCUCAGCAGAGACCCACAGCAUCCCACGGAGCCCGAGGAGGUGCUGGGGACCAGCACAGAGCAUCUGCCGGGAGUUGUUCUACAACCCAGAAAAAGGUGCCAGAUGCCAAAGCAGCUGCCAGUCCAGCCAGACCCAACAUCAAAGCAGCUGCCAGUCCAGCCAGGCCCAACAUCAAAGCAGCUGCCAGUCCAACCAGAUCUAACCCAUGCCCGCAGAAGCAGCAGCCUGGGGAUGACCUGAGCGGGGCCUGUGGCCGGUUCCUGCCCCCGCUGGAGAGCCAGGACAUCCCGCGUGUGGAGGAGGAGACCCGGGGCCAGCGGAGCAACCCCAAGUGGUAUGAGUGGCGUAAGAACCGCAUCACUGCCUCCAUGGCCCCCAGGAUCGCCAACAGCAAGUUUGCCAAUGGCAAGACGGACAAGGUGCCCCAGUCCUACCUGAAAGCGGUGGUGAACUCCAGCCCCAGUGUGCAGACACGAGCCAUGUCCUGGGGAGUCUACAACGAGAAAGUGGCCGUGCAGGCCUAUGAGCAGCUGAAGUCGCAGGCAGUGGGCAAGCCCGUGCAGGUGGAGGACUGUGGCCUCUUCAUUGACCGGGAUAAGAAGUGGAUCGCCGCCAGCCCGGAUGGCAUCAUCAAGGAGGCAGCCACAGGAAAGGCCCUGGGGCUGCUGGAAGUGAAGUGUCCCUACAAACACAGGAACAGGACAGUGCGCGAUGCCUGCAACGACAAGGACUUCUGCCUGAAGAUGGAUGGGGACUCCUAUGCCCUGAAGAAGGAUCAUGCCUACUUCACCCAAGUCCAGUGCCAGCUGGCAGCCACCGGCUUCCAACAAGCUGACUUUGUGGUGCACACCAACAAGGAGACGGCUGUGGUCCCUGUGAAGUUCGACUCCGAGUUCUGGGGGCAGACAGUGCCCAAGCUGGAGAAGUUUUACACUGAGGCAGUGAUUCCCCACCUGCAGGGGAAGGCAGGCAGCUCCGCUGAGGCCAGGGAGGAAUAGACGUGUCUUGCUCAUCUGCCACAGAAACCCACCUUUGGCCCCUAGCAUAGAAAAUACACCCAGGUUUGCUGCUGUUCUUGGACUGUUCUCUGCCUCGGGACUGAAACGCUACCAGCAGGACCCUGCUUUGGUAAGGGUCUCCAUGAACAGUGACCUCUAGUGCCUUCUUGUCCUGUCACCCUCACUGUAUCCCCCAUUUGACCCAACAGCACUGCCUGGUGGAAGGUGGUACACCUCUGCAUCUGCAGGGGAAGGCAGUGAUACCUCCAUGCUGGAGUAAUAGGCUUAUUUUGUGCAGAAAACUGGAUCCUUUGGCGUCUCAACUGCUGUCAGGACUAAACUGUAGCUCUGCUCUGGAGCCAGGGAAGUUUUGUCAGAGCCCAAGAGUAAAACAGCUUUUCAGCUAAAUAGUGAUGUACUGUAGGAAUGACAGCAAGGGCAUGUGGGGACACUUCCUCCUCGAGCCAUCAGACCUGCUGCUUCUUUGGAGUAACCCAUGAUGUUCACAAUGAGUUGGCUGCAGCCUUGGGAAGAUGGUGCCCGUUGAAGAGGUUAUCCCCCAGCCCAUGCACUUCCAGAGGACCUUCCUGUGAAGCAUCCCUGUGAACUGCAGCAGGGUGGGGAGGUGGUCAUCUCUCUAUUAAAUACAAGAUGCACUGGC